AUGGCCGACGAGGAUGUUGAAUCGAUACAUAUCUAUAGGAGAUUAGUUGAUAGACUCCUCGCUCGAGCCGAACUAGUCAAACCGGACAAGCAAAUCGAACCUCCGUUGACUGAAGCACACCUUGGAGAAGCGAUCUGGAAAGUGGAAGGCGAUGAUGAGAAGGUUGCAAAUCGGCUUAGCCAACAGACACAGUUUGCCGCAGUGGAAAUCACAUUCAGGGAGAGGUUUUAUAGUUUGCUUGCCACUACAUCCAUUGAAGAGCCGGCAUUCAUACAAAUAUGGAAUCUGCUCGACAUAAUCUCAAUCUUCUCGGAUAAUGAACAGUGUGAGCCUGGUCUUAUAUUUUGGCUGAUGGAGGAAUUACUUGAUAGCCAAACUAUUGAUGGCUGUCGCAAAGUUUUUGACUAUCUUGAGUCUCGAAGAGAACGGAAUACUAAAAAACACUUUAAGCAGAAAAGUUUAAUCAUUCUGAGAUCCUGCAACGAACUCCUGCGGAGGCUUUCGCGAGCCGAAGAUACUGUCUUUUGCGGACGUGUCUUUAUCUUCCUCUUCCAGAGUUUUCCGCUAGGGGACAAGAGCGCCGUCAACCUUCGGGGCGAAUAUCAUACCGAGAAUGUCACCACCUACGAUGAAAUUCUUAAACCCGACACCAGAGUGCCAGAUGAGGCGGAUGUAGUAAUGUCUGACGAGCAUGAACCACCAACGACUAUUGUUGAAAACCAACAGGAAGACAACAAUACUGAUUCACCGUCUCUCUCGGAUCCUCAGGCCUCUAUUCAAGAUCAAUCGACGGCCCCGAAAGUCAUUAUUUCGCAAGACGAAGGUGUUGAUGAGAAAGCGAACGACUUAAACACACUAUAUCCUAUGUUCUGGGGCCUCCAGGCAUAUUUCUCUGCUCCAACCAGGAUAUUCGAUCCCCAACAUUUCACCACAUUCAGGACGGGACUUGAAGCUACUCUUUCUGCCUUCAAAUCGGUUAACACAGACCUUGAAAGUUCCGGCACGAGCAAGACGUCCGAAGAGCUUCGAAAAUCCAACAAACGGAAGAGAACUGCAGACGGCCAAGAAAUUGCAAGCAGUUUCAACCCGAAGUACUUGACAAGCAGGGAUUUAUUUGACCUUGAAGUCAAUGACACAGCGUUUCGGAGGCAUGUUCUGGUCCAGGCGCUUAUUCUCCUGGAUUUCAUGCUCUCACUUACUCCUAAGGCGAAGGCAAAGCUAGCCGAGUUGACUAACAAAUCUGUGCUCUACGGGUUUGUAUUGAAUGAGGACGAUGCUAAAUGGGCAGUCAAGAUGAGAAAGGCAAUAGAAGAGUAUCUUCAGGACGGUGUCGGUGGAAAAUUCUACUACCGAAUGGUGGACACCGUUUUGUCGAGAGACAAGAAUUGGGUUCGCUGGAAAGCUGAAGGCUGUCCAUUAAUCGAGAGACCCCCUGUUUCCGUAGCGGACUACCUUGGUGCUCGUGAGCAUGCAACUAAAGUCUACGCCAACAAGCGCCUUCGGUCUUCACCCAUGGGCUCGCUAAAUCUGAACUUCCUCUCCGAGGGCGAAUCACGAGCCGGUCUUGAGAGGCUUAAGGAAGCUCAAAGAUUCACGGUGCCUUCCUCUGAUUCGUUUAUGAUGGGUAUAAUGGACGAUGAAUUAGAUAGGGAUACUGCACAGACAAAGGAGGAUAAAGAGAAUGCGACACGCGCCAAAGCGAGCAAGACAUGGCGUAUAUUAAGGCUUUCCGCAAAAAGCAAGCUCGCUGCGUUCGACAAGAUUGACGAUGGCAAAAACUUGAAGCUGCUUUUUGAGGCUCCGCAGCCUUCCGAAGGAACUCCCCAGGUUCUUGAAGGCACCCCUCAGGCUCAUGAUACAAUGAUGAAAGCCUCAACCGAGGGCGAGUCUGGUGGUUCGGGGCAUGAUCAUGGGCCUACCAGUUCCGAACAAGGGAAUGCCACCGUUGCCACCGAGAAAAGUUCAGCUGAUUCGAAGGAUGCAGCAGCACCAGCAGACACAUGA